UCAAUGGUGUUCCAUGAUUUGCUCCUAUAGAGUGGGCAAAUCCCAUUCCUAUUGUUACGUUUGAUUGUUUCAAAUUUCUUCAUAGCUCCUUUGUAUACUCUGAUCCUUUCUUUAUGGCUGUAACCUGAGAACUGCAUGCGGUGAACGAAAUGUUGUAUAUGUCUCUUUAAUUCUGUAGGGUUGCUCAUGCAGGACACAUUUCGCAUUACCCUGACGAGGUCUGCCAUCAAUAUAUUGAAUUUGGCAUUGUCCGCAAUAGCCGAGUUCCGGUGGAUCAGGUAUUUGGAGGCCAUAGGUUUUGUAUAGUGUGAAUGGAGGAUUCGGGUUUUAUUAUUCUCAGUUUCUAGCCAGAGUUCAGUAUCUAUAAGUAAUAAUAACAUUCAUAUUAAAUUAAAUUUAAAUGUGAAAUAGAAUCUUCUGACAAAUAAAAAAAAAUUCUAUAUAUACUUAUCUCAAGUCUUUCAUUUCUUGUACUAGAAAAACAGGUUCUAAACAACGAACAAGAAAACUAAAACCAAGCAAUGAUGUCUCUACAAUAUUUAAUAACUAAAACCUAUCGUUCUCCUCUUUUGACUGUCAGACUCUUCACCAAACUGUCUCAGACAUGUAGGCUUCAGUCAACAAGCUCAAUGAAAUGACCCUGAAAAAGCCUUAUUAAAAGAGUCACAUUUGGCACUGGUUUGGGGGCAACUUGUAUUUUGGGGUUUUACCAACUGAAUAUUGUUUAUGGCAGCCCACAAGAUCCCUCUAAUUUGAAAGUAACCCUUUACCGAAAAAUGCCUCUUUGGUCGCUGUCUCGCUUAUGGGGAAAAGUAAACCAACUAGAUCUGCCUGUUUUCAUGCAGAUACCUGUAUUUCAGAUAUACAUUUGGGCAUUUGGCUGCAACAUUGAAGAAGCAGAGGAAGAGGACUUGAAAACAUAUCAAAAUCUUGGAGAAUUCUUCCGCAGAACUUUAAAACUUCAAGUGCUGCCAAUUGAUAAUAUACAUUUAUUGACAAGUCCUUCAGAUGGUACCAUCACACAUUUCGGUCAAGUAGAGAAUGGUGUUGUCAAGCAAGUAAAAGGAGUGAACUUUUCUGUUGAGGGUUUCAUUGGACCAUUCAGUUGGAAAUUCCCAAUUUCAUCAUUGUCAUCUUCUUCAUCCUCAUUAUCAUCAUCAUCCUCACAAUCAUCUUCACCAGACUCUUCAUCAAUGUCCUCUUCCUCUUCUUUGUCAUCAUCUCUUCGAGAGGACAUAAACAACAGUCAUAAUAAUGUAAAUGCCUACAUUGAUCAAAACCAGAAGAUUCUUUCCCAGCUGAUCCAUCCAGAUAAUGUAUUAUAUCAUUGUACUAUUUACUUGGCACCCAGAGACUAUCACCGCUUUCAUUCCCCUACAGACUGGAUAGUUUACUUCAGAAGACAUUUUCCAGGUGAAUUACUGAGUGUACAUCUUGGUAUAGCACGGUGGAUCAUAGGACUAUUCAACCUUAAUGAAUGUGCUAUGUAUGUAGGACUUUGGAAACAUGGAUUUUUUUCGAUGACCGCUGUAGGGGCUACCAACAUUGGUUCUAUCCAUAUUUAUAAUGAUCAUGAACUGGCCACAAGUACAUGGAAGAAACCAGAUGGUAAUAACACUGACCAGUAUUUACCAAAUGAACAAAGUCCUGGAAUUCAAGUUGGGAAAGUUGAUCUCUUUGGUGAAUUCAAUUUAGGUUCCGCCAUUGUUCUUAUCUUUGAGGCUCCUGAGAAUUUUACAUUCAGCAUGGAGCCUGGACAGAGAAUAAAAUAUGGGGGAGCCGUUGGAACAUAGCAUUUGCAUGACCAGUUGGAAUUAAGUAGCAUGAGCUAUAGUUAUUUGAAAGACACUGCUCUACAAUGACCAGGUUUCAUUAUAAAGUGAAAAUAGUUUCACACUUUCAAUUUGAACCAAAAUUACAGUGCUGCAUUACAAGAGUGAUGAUGUGUGAAUAAUGAAAGUAAUGUUUCUCCGAAUUAGUCACAUCUGUACAUCAUUGCCAGGCAAUUUUUGCAAUAGAAUGUCUUGUAUAAAUUUUUAUCUAUUCCAUGUCAGAGCAUGCCUUCCCUAACAGAUUAGGCCUCUUAAUCAGGACAGAUUUGUGCAAUUUUUCACCAAAAAACUUCAUUCAGGAUUUUUUUCCUUUUUAAAUUAUUUACAUGUCUAUUUGACCAUUUCACAUUGUUUUAUUCAAUAAAACUUCAGAAGUU